AUGGCCGCCGAUGUGGGAUCGAUGUUUCAAUAUUGGAAGAAAUUUGAUCUACGGCGGCUGCAGAGGGAGCUAAAUUCAGUGGCAGCACAACUGGCUGGGCGACAGGAAGAGAGUGAGCACUCCCAUAAGCAUGUGCUGGAGCUGAGUCGUGCAUUCAAGAAAAAUGUCCCUGAGGAAGUGCGGGAGAUGGUUGCUCCUGUCCUUAAGAGUUUCCAAGCCCAGGUUGUUGCCUUGAUCCAGCGCAGUAAGGAGGCAGAAUCUGCAUUUCUGGGAGUUUACAAACAGCUGAUAGAAGCCCCAGACCCAGCUCCGGUGCUGGAAGCCUCCUACUCACUGGAGGAACGUCUCACUCGGCUGCAAAGCUCUUCUCCAGACAGUGAAGUUCUGGUCAGAGAGAUCUCGGGCCACUGGAGGAGACACCUGGAGUGCCUUAACAGUGCAGAAGGUGUAGAAGAAAGCCCAGUAAUUAUACAGAGAGUAGAAGCAUCAGAACAACUGCCCCAUAUGAUGACCCCAAACAGCACACAGAGCCUCCAAGAUGGUGGCUUACCCCUUCACAAUCACCAGGAUCGGGAGGAAAGGGAAGCAGAUGAAAUAGCUGCUCUGUCUGUCAGACUGGCUCAGGCAGAAGAGAGAAUCAAAACACUUCAGUCAGCACUGAGCAAAGCCCAGUCAGAGUUACAGGAGCUAAGGUGUAAAUACUACAAGGAAAUGGCUGCCAAAGCAGAGGAACUAGCCCAGCUCAAGACAAACCUGGAGAAGGCCAACCAGAGAGCAGAUUUGUCCCAGAGGGAGGUGGAGCAACUGAGGGAUCAGCUAACCAGCAAUUGCAAAAUUUCUAAAGGGAGUGAUGAGGGUUCCAGUGAGGGGAAAGGAUUGAGGGAUGAGAAGGACAAUGGCCCACCAUCACAGCUGGAAACCGUGCUCUUCUCCAAAGAUAGAGAGAUUCUCCGCCUGCUUGAGAAUGUCCAGAGGUUGCAGUUCACUCUCCAGGAAGUGCAGGACUCCUCAGCAAGUCAGCUAGCAGAUCUUGAACACCAGCUAGCAGAUAAGACAGAGGCUAUUGAAAAAUUAGAGGUUAAACUGCAGUCUCAGUUGGACUAUGAAGAAAUCAAAACUGAACUCAGCAUUCUUAAAGCAAUGAAACUGACAUCAGCAAAUGGGAGCUCUUCCCAGGACUCUGGCAAAGUUGCAGAGGUCUUGUUGCUUGACAAACAAACUUUCCUACACACCAACAAAUUUCUGAUGGACAAAGCCAGAGUCCUACAGAGUCCAGAUGAAGACCAAUCAGAUGGUUCCAGUAGAGAUUUGGGGCACCCUAUGAGCUCGUACUCCUCCCCUCCAGGAGUGUUACCAAUAGACAGCCAGUCCUCCUCCAGUCCAGGACCACACAAUCCUGAUGGGGCCUCCAGAACCCAUGACCUCCAUCGGUCUUUCUCUGCAUCACCUUUCUGCAGUGACAAACAUGCUACAGGUCCUCUUCUACAGAAGCAGCUCCUCUCUCCUCAUUUUAAGAAGGAUGGCACCUCACUCAUGGCCUUCCCCACUGCUCUGUUUGCUGCCAAAGCUGCCAUCAUUUCAGCCAAUCCAGGCUCUUCAGGGCCCUCAGUGAUGGAAACAGGCUUAGCCAGUGACCAGUCAGAGUGUGGGAGCUCAGGAGGUGGGGAUGAAGACCAGCUAGACACAGCAGACAUAGCCUAUCAGGUUAAAGAGCAGCUUCUCAAACAUAACAUUGGUCAAAGGGUGUUUGGGCACUAUGUGUUGGGCCUCUCCCAAGGCUCUGUCAGUGAGAUUCUGGCUCGGCCCAAACCAUGGAGGAAGCUGACUGUCAAAGGCAAGGAGCCCUUCAUCAAGAUGAAGCAGUUUCUGUCUGAUGAACAGAACAUCCUGGCCUUGCGCACCAUCCAGGUUCGCCAGAGAGGGAGUAUCACUCCUCGCAUCCGAACUCCAGAAACUGGAUCAGAUGAUGCAAUUAAGAACAUUCUGGAACAGGCUAAGAAAGAGAUCCAGUCACAGAGAGGAGGUGAUGGUAAGUCCUCUCUAGGAUCGUCUACAGGAUGCAGCAGCAGUGGUGGAGGCAGUAAUUCAGAUGAGACUAUUAAGAGCAUCUUGGAGCAGGCACGACGGGAAAUGCAGGCACAGCAGCAGGCCCUGCUCGAGCUGGAGUCCAGCAGCCAAAGUCUGAGCUUGCAAGAGCCCCACAAGACCCUGCCUGCCCCUUUGCCCACCUACAUCAAGCAAGAAGAGGGCAACGCCAUGCCCAUGUGCCCAUCCUACCCCAUUGGCAGCCCACAGACCCCCCUCAGUGUUCUGUCUCCUGCUGCUUUUGUCCAAAACAUUAUCCGUAAAGUGAAGUCAGAAAUUGGCGAGGCUGGAACAUACUUUGAUCAGCACUGGUCUCGCCCCUUCACCUCAGUCUCUCCCUCACUCUCCUCUUCAUCCUCCUCUGUGCCCUCGGCAGUACCCCGGGCUUGGAACAUGGAAUGCCCCCUGGGAACAGAGGAGGCUCCAGGCACUGAGGAGGAUGAAUCUCCACCAAGCCGGCCUAUGAAAGUGGAGCCAGAAGUGUGUGCAAGUGGAGAGCAGACUGCAUGUGGAGGAUCACGGAUGAAUUACUAUCCCUCCUACAUUCCUCGCACUCUGAAGCCCACUGUGCCACCACUCACCCCUGAGCAGUAUGAGAUGUAUAUGUAUCGUGAGGUGGAUACCGUAGAACUCACACGCCAAGUCAAGGAGAAGCUGGCCAAGAAUGGCAUUUGUCAGCGGAUUUUUGGAGAAAAGGUACUGGGCCUUUCUCAGGGUAGCGUGAGUGACAUGCUGUCUAGACCCAAACCCUGGAGCAAGCUCACACAGAAGGGACGAGAGCCUUUUAUUCGCAUGCAGCUGUGGCUUCUGGAUCAGUUAGGACAGAGCCUCAAUCAGCAGUCCAACCACUGCCAUAACCACGACAAAAGCCCAGUGACAUCUCACUCUUCACCAUCCCCUCCACUCAGCCCAGAGGACAGCCAUCCGAGUAUGCCUCUGGAACCUGUGAGUUUGGUGCUGGAGAGCAGCAAAGAGAACCAGCACCCUCAACCACAGCAUACAGAACCUCACGAAGUGAAGGGCACAGCAGACACAUUGGCACUUCAGCAGCCUCACAUUCCACUUGGCAUUCAGGAGCUGGUGGCCAUGUCACCUGAGCUUGAUACAUACACUAUAACCAAGAGGGUCAAGGAGGUGCUGACUGACAACAACCUUGGUCAGCGUCUGUUUGGUGAGAGUAUCUUAGGCCUUACACAAGGCUCUGUAUCAGACCUGCUGUCCAGGCCCAAACCGUGGCAUAAGCUGAGUCUAAAGGGCAGGGAGCCCUUUGUGCGCAUGCAGCUGUGGUUAAAUGACCCACAAAAUGUGAACAAACUGAGAGAUAUGAAGAAGAUGGAGAAAAAAGCAUACUUGAAACGCAGAUAUGGGCUGUUGAGUCCUGGCUCAGACACAGACUCUCUGGGAGCACGUUCAAACUCCAUUAGCCCAGGCUUUGCCCAAAUGGAGUUGUGUUCUUACAGCCAAGCUAAGAAGCCCAGAGUCGUGCUAAAUGCAGAGGAGAAGGAGGCUCUGAGGAAGGCAUAUCUGCAGGAGCCCUACCCAUCCCAGCACACCAUUGAGAUGCUGGCGGCCCACCUCAAUCUCAAGACCAACACUGUCAUCAACUGGUUUCACAACUACAGCAGGUCUCGAAUUCGGCGCGAGGUCCUUGUGGAAGGUUCUCAGGACAAUGAUGAUGAUGCAGAGCAUAACUUCUCUCCUUCAGUGAGCUGCAGUCCCAUUUCAGAUGUAGACGAAAGGAAAAAAGCCCUUGCAAUCUGUAAUGGCCCCACAAUGCUCAAUGUCAAACAGGAAGUCGAGGAAGAGGAGGAGAAGGUGCAUAUAAUGCAGAAUACAUGCUCUUCCAUGGCUGUGCAGUUCAUUGAGCUGAAGACUGAAGAGCAUCUGGCACCAUCAGGCAACAGGGCCCUGAUGUCAUGUUGUCCUCAAAUUCUCAGGCAGGACGACGCUUGUAUCCACAAACUCCUUUCUGGAUCUGUUUCCUCAGACAACAUGCAGAAAAGCAACGCAGCCACGCUUGAAGGUGAAAAUAAAUCACCGGUGGACCCAGCGAGCUUCAAGGCAUCAUCAGAGGCAUGCCGCAGCAGCCUGGAGGUGUCCCUCGACUCACCCUCAGCCGCCUCCUCUCCUGGCCUCAUGGUAUCUGUUUCACCUGUGCCGUCCUCCUCUGCCCCCAUUUCUCCAUCACAGUCUCUCCAUUCCAACAUCAAGAUCAGCAAGAGCACACAGAGGCGUGAUGAAAAAAUGGCCAACCUUAGCAACAUCAUCCAUCGACUUGAGCGAGCAGCCAAUCGUGAAGAGGCGCUGGAAUGGGAGUUCUAG